UGAGGCGGCUCGAUGCUGCUACGCUCAUCGAAAAAUCUCAGAGACGAGCAGCGCGUUCGGUCGGUUGUCUGUGUGUGUCAGUGGGUGAACAGUGCGUAUGAGCGAUUUUCGGUGGCACUGAAGGAGGCCCAAAACGAACCGGUGGACCUUAAAGUUGUUGGGUAAACAACAGAAAGUCGGUUAAGCGUGGCGAGUAACGGGUUACGGAUUGAAUAAACAAGGCCAAGAGCGAAUGGAAUGUGCACAAACUGCAGAAAAAUACCAAGAAAAAAUUACACAAAUAUUCAACAACAAAACAAACUAAAAAUAAGCAUCAACAUCAACCGGAAAUCAACUAAAUUGUCGUCACUCCAAUCAAGUGGAAAUUUGAUUAAAAAAAGGAGAGAAGGGAGGCCAAAGGAAAAGAACUGAAGGGAGAGCAGAGGAAAAUUUGAUAAAUUCGAAAAAAAAGGCAAUAGACGAGUACGAGUGCGGAAGAAAAAUAGAGUGCGGGUCUAUCGAAAGGUAGCAGCAAAGGAAAUCAACACCCACGCACAUGAACGAGUUUGUUGCACGGGAGCGGCAAAACAUUAAAAAUCAGCGGAGCGUGAAACUUACACAAAGCUCGAAAAAAUCCAGAGUCCCACGUGAACAAAGCGAACGAAAAAUACGUGGCUACACUAAAAAUAAAAACAGAAAUACAACACAGUAACGAAGUGAGAGAACAAAUUUUAGUGCAAAAAAUUAAAAGAUUUCACUGGGGGAACAAGUAAGCCAGCUCUAGAAGAAAGCCGAACAACAAGGACGAGCCAGCUGACGGCCAGGACACAUAAACGUCUUUCCUCUCCUUUGGGCUAGCGCACGAAAUUAAGUGCAGAUUAUCAGAAGAUUAUAUUUUAAUAGCAUUUCAAGCUGUUUCCCUUGGCCAACAAAGGCAAGGCAGGACCUCCACGAAAAGGAGUCCGUUGGAGGACGCCUGACCCUAGGACGAGUGUGUAUGUGUGUGCUACAAGUGCGGCUUAUUGCAUGAUUACCGCCAAGGAUUUUUUUCGGGCCUCCGUCGCCGGACUCUGUGCCUGCGAAUAGCUGGGCAAACAUAUAAGCGUGCCAGAAAUUGAAAUUAAAGAUGGAAUUAAGUGUCGCGAGUGUGUGUGUGUCGGCUUAACAAAUAUUAUGUGCUAGUGCCUGUGAGUGUUCCUACACUGUGUCCCCAAUAUCGAGCAUACGCCGUGUGGCCCACCCUAGAAAGCGAUGCGGAAAUAGCAACAGAAUUAACCCGGCAGAGAAAGGAGAAAUUGAGAAGAGAACCGGAGAACUGGAGAACUGGAGCGUGAGGCCCAACUAAACAGGAGAACUGGCUUGCACUCCGUUAAGCGAUCCGUACACCUUAAAUUGGUGAAUCAAUUUACUUAAAGGACACUGGGCGUUUUCAAGAUCCACAAAGACCUCAAAACCCCACCAAGAAAAAGAGGACAAUGACUAAACUUUUGGGGCUGACUCUCUGAAAUAAAAGGCGAGCAAUGCAUGGCGGAUCUCAGCGUUUUUAGCUGCUAAAAUUCAAAACUCUGGCCAAGACUGCUCUGCCACGCCCACUUAUAUUUAAAGCAAAGGGGGCGUUUAUCCAUUCUGAAUUCUUCGAGAAAAUGUCGCGCAUUGUUUGACUUGAGCUAUGCUUUAUUAUAGACAAACAACCGGCAGCGACUAAGCCAAGUCUAUUAACAGGGCAAACAAAGCCAGGCCGCCAAAGAGAAACUGAUUGUAAAGAAGCGAAAAGAAUGUAAGCAGUCAAAAAAGGAAGAAAGUCGAAAAAGCUGGCAAUGAGAGGGCCAAGAACGCAAGGGGCGCGGGCCAGAAUUGAAACAGUUAGCUGGCAAAUCGGAUUGCGAAUCUGCUGUAUUGACACAAGGAAACCGUUAGCCGGCUUAGCCAGCAAGAGGGCAAAUUUAAAAUUAAGAAUAUAGCAAGCAAGACCGUUUCAAAUCAAAGUGAUAUGCUAAUGCCCCAGUCGCGAAGGACUUGAAGUCGUGUGGCAUGAAUAUUUCAUGAGCGCAGGAGUGAUGACAAUAAGCCGGCUCCGGGAAUAAAAAAGAAGCGCAGAGUGAAAUCAGGACGAUGACGGAGCUAAGACGAACUAAUGGCCUGCACAAGCAGCACUCCCUGAGAGAUCGACAGGUGCAUCCGAUGCUGCACGCCCUGGCGGAUCACGGCUGCAACCUCAGCAGCGGUGGCAACAGUGCGGCCAGCACCACCAGCAGUAGUACGGCCACGGCCACCACAGCACUUGGUGGUGCCGGCGGUUUGGGCGGUCUGGGUGGCCUGAACGGUGGUGUCGGCAUAACAAGUCAGCGGAGCGUUGAGUUCGAUGAGCACGACAUCUUCUACGUCUCACCAUCCAAGCGAAAAGGAGCCACUUCAGGUUCCUCUGGCAAUGUGGUAACCUUCUCGAAUUUUGUAAGUGAACAACGCCUGACGCCCUCGUCGUCGAACCGCGGAUCCCUGAAGCGGAGCAAGGGCCGCUCCAAUCAGUCCCUGUGCAGCUGCGAUGCCGGCGACGAGGCCCAACUGGAUUUGCAACCGAAUGCGGCAAGGCCGCUGUACGAGUACAGUCUGGAACGAAAGCGUAAGACACACACCUACUCCUGCGAGCAGAAUGCGCAGAUACUUAUGAGACUGGAGCGCGAGCGUAAUCGUAAAUUAUCGCUGACUGGGAUGGAAACGGGAUUGGGAAUCGGACUGGGAGUGGGAUUGGGAAUGGGAUCUGGAGGAGGAACAGGAGGAGCCGGAGACCCCCAGAGCGACACGCCCAGCUUGUCGGAUGUGGAUGUGAUACCGCCUGUGCCACCACCCCCAUCGAUGAAGCGCAAUGGCAGCAUGCGCAGCCUGCGAUUGUUGCAACACCUGCAGCAGCAGCAGCAGCAGCAGCAGCAAAGCAGCCACAAUAACAACUUGGCGCAGCUGUGCAGCAGCGAUCUGUUGCAGGAGUGCACUAAGUCUGCAUUGGAUGAGUGCACUGCCACAUUGCUCAAGUGCACCACGACCAGCAAUCACAGCAGCAGCAACAGCAAUGCGAGCAACAAUUGCAACAUCGCUGCCAGCAUUAGUCAUAAUAAUAACAAUCAGGUGAAGCCGGACCUGUGCCAGCCGCCCGGCCACGCCCACAACCAUAGGCACAAGCUGCACGGCAAUGCCACGCCUACGCGCACGCCCACACCAACCACCACCAACCCGCCACCGCCCCCGCCCCCUUUCGCCGCCCACGAGGAGGACGAGAUAUUCUCGCCGCACUCGAAGAAAUCGGACCCCAGCUUGUGCUUCCUGCCGGGCGGUAAUACAUCCUCGAAAUACAAUACCAUUGGGCCGAGCAGCGAUUAUGCACGGCAUUUGGCGCACUACAGUCGCUACCUGCAGAAGCAGCACCACCAGCAACAAAUGGCGCACUUUCAGCAGCAGCGCUGUCGCUGCUUCUCCCAGUCUUUGCUGAGUUUCCCGCAGCAACAACAGCAACAGCAGCAACAACAGCAACAUCAGCAGAUGCAACAUGCGGAGCAACAACAGCAGCACAAGGCAGCCCAGCAGCCGGCCAUCUUUCACACCAGCAGCAUGGAUUGGUCGCUGCCAAUUAAUAGUCGCAGCUUUGGCAAUUUAGUGAACAUCGAUGGUUCGGGCGGUACUGGUGGUUGCCGUGUGCCGUACCAGAAAAUGCAAUCGGGAAACGCAGGGUCAGGUGGUGCAAUGGCAAACGGCUGCUUGGGACUGGCCGCCUCGUCCACAUUUACGCUCACAUCCUUCGACAGUGAUAUCGGACACGGCCUGAAAGAACGCGAGUCGCAGACAUCGCUCCAUCAUCCGCACACGCUUCCGCAUCCGCAUCCGCACACCCACUCGCAUUCGCAUCCGCAUCAUUAUCACGCCCAUGUGGGUGGUGCAGCGGUGAGUGGUGGGGUCGGCGGAUCGGGUUCGGUGACGCCGCAGAAACACCACCAGCUCCACUCGAGCGUGACGAGCAUCAUGCCAUGGAAGCACCGCCAGUGUCCCAGCAGGGGAUCCUCCAGCUCCGGCACGAAUUCGUUCCGAUUCGAUGCAGCCAAGCACUGGCUGGCAGUGAGCUCCAUCCUCCUGAUAAUUGGCGCUGCCAGUGUGGCCGUGCCACUGGCGCUACGUGUGGCAGCAAGUGCACCCUUUGAGGAGCGUUUGCGAGUGGCAGUUCAGCUUCUGGAUCAAGUGCCUUUAAUCGACGGGCAUAACGACCUACCAUGGAAUAUUCGCAAGUUCCUUCACAACAAACUCAACGACUUCAAUUUUGAUGAGGAUUUGCGCAACGUAAUGCCCUGGGGUCGCAGCCAUUGGAGUCACACGGACCUCACGCGACUGAAGAAGGGACGCAUAUCAGCACAGUUCUGGGCGGCCUAUGUCCCCUGCGAGGCUCAACAUCGAGAUGCAGUGCAGCUGACUCUGGAGCAGAUCGAUGUAAUAAAGCGCCUGACGGAUCGGUAUUCGCCGCAGCUUACCACUUGCACUUCCGCACAGGACAUUAUCGAUGCCCACAAGAACCAGCAAUUGUGCUCCCUGACCGGCGUGGAGGGUGGUCAUUCCCUCGGGGGAUCCCUGGCCGUACUACGCACCCUAUAUGCCAUUGGCGUCCGCUAUAUGACGCUGACUUCAACCUGCCACACCCCGUGGGCGGACUCGAGCUAUGCGGACGCGCCGACCUUCAACAUGAAGCACGGCGGCCUCACCAUUUUCGGCAAGACAAUCAUCCGCGAAAUGAAUCGACUGGGAAUGAUGGUCGAUCUGUCCCACGUCUCCAAGGGCACGAUGAGGGACGCCCUGGAGGUGAGCGAGGCACCUGUGAUAUUCUCGCAUUCCUCCGCCUACGAGCUGUGCAAUACGAGCCGAAACGUCCAGGACGACAUCCUGCAGGCGCUGGCCAAGAACGGCGGCCUGGUCAUGGUCAACUUCUACUCGAAGUUCCUAUCCUGCAGCGACAACUCGACCGUGCACGAUGCAGUCGCGCAUAUUAAUCACAUUAAGCGAGUCGCAGGCAUCGAUCACGUUGGACUGGGCGCCGGCUACGACGGCAUUAAUUAUACGCCCAAAGGACUGGAGGAUGUGUCUUCAUAUCCGACUCUAUUUGCCGAACUCCUUGGCGGCGGCUGGACAAUUGACGAGCUGACGAAGCUGGCAGGCGGCAAUUUCCUCAGGGUCAUGCAGCAGGUGGAAAAGCUGAGGGAUGACAAAAAGGCAGCGGGCGUGAAACCCUUCGAGGAUCAUCCGAACUUCCGCACGGACGACCCGUACAACUGUACGUCCAGCUAAUUGAGCAGCGGAUCCAAACACACCGAGGUUGUACCGGAAAUGCCGGGGAUGUACCCAAAAUCGUAGGAGAAAUCGAUUGAACUGCUGCUUCAGAUGUAUAGUGGAUAGACCUAUGUAGCAAAUUUAAAGGAACGUAAAUUAAACUAAUGAUAUAGAUACCUACGAUUCGUAUAAGCUUUAAAUACAUAUUUUUAAGAUACGUAAACAUUUGAAUGCCUGAUUAUUUGGCUUGGGAAGUAACUUCCUCGAUCUUUCCCUUUGGUAAUCGAAUCGAAUUUCUUUUCAUUUUAUGACAAUCUACAGACUGCCAAGGAAGAACACACCUACUUAUAAAUUGCACCAGAGUCCCACACAAAAUUAACGUAACACUAAGUUAUUUCCUACCUCGAAUCCAUAUAGAAACCAGACUUUGUUAGCUCAUCUCCAACUGGACCAACAAACACUCCACUUCUCUUCUGUGAACUUUCAAUUAUUUCACUAAUUUACAUGAGAACUACAUAUCAAGCAUGUAUUAAGCUAAGAUAUUUAAUUAACAAAGUAUUUGAUUUAGCAUUAAAUCCAAUGCGAAUACUUAUGAGUGGGAAAGCAUACACUUAUAAACAAUGAGUAAAGUAAUUAAAUACUUUAGUUCCAGCGAGGGCGGGACGUAAAUGAAAUGUUUAGUUAAAUUUUUAAGCAGUUCGAGGGCGUCGAAACUGAAUGAAUAAAUAGCGUAAUGAAUACUAAAUUAGUUCGUAAGCAACGUGUAGACGUGGCACUGCCUGCUACACGAACACUGUACAUAGAUUCCGAUCACAAUAAGUAUAGCAAAAAUUCAUAAUGAUAUAGAAGUUUUGCAGCAUAUAGUACAUACAUACAUACUACAUUCGUUUUCACCUACCAGAUACACAGAUACAUAGAUCUCUCAGUCAGUCUCUCUGUACCUUCUAAAUAAAAAGAUGGAAAUAUAGAAAAAUGCGCUUAGCCUAAGUAAACAAAUUAUACAUACUAAACCAAUAUUGCAAGCCGAAAAACCGAAAAAUGUAAAACCGAAAAACCGAAAACCCAAGACAAAAUCAAUAAUUGUACAUUUUCUAAACCGAAACCGAAUAAUAAAUUGUAAACACCUUUAUAACGAUUGAUAGCAUGAGAAUCUACUGUUACGUUUUGUACGAUUUUGUAUGUGUAUAUAGCAUUUUUACCUAUACGCUAAUUUGUAUGGUCAUUAUAUAGUUUUCUAGCAAGCGAUUCGAGCGUAUUAUACUGUACUGGUCUGAUGAGCAGAUUUGUUGGUAAUCAUGUAGCUAUAAGUCUGGCCUGGAAGGUCGCAAAAUAAAUAUCUGUAAAGUUUAUACAUAUACGAAUAUGCCUAGAUCUAGAAAUAAAAACCGACUAGCAUAGAACAACAUGCAUAUAUACACUACAACUCGAUUCUCAAAAUGUCUUACACUUAUUUGAUCUCUUUCUCAGUUUGAAAUUGAACAGAAACAAACACACAAUCUCAGACAUGCAUAUGUAAAACCAAAUUGUAGUUAAAAACUUGAAAAUGGUAAAAUGUUUAGCGAAUAAAACUCUAAAGGCAAACCAACUGCAGUAAAUAUAAAACCAAUUAAGGAAAAUAAUAAAUUGUUUUAUUGCU